AUGGGUGAUCCGCCAUGUGGGAUGAUUGCAGACAACAAGAAUGGGAUAAAAACAUUCAGACCAUCUCACAACACUACGGAGGCUGCCUCGAAGACCUGUUGCCCGCAUUCAAGAUGGCGUCGCCGUCGUCAGCAGCCUCGCGCCCUUUUCCAUCAUGGCGGCGACAGGACCCGCCUCCCUGGGGGCCGGAGUCAUGUGACCCGCAAACCGGCUGAGAACCUGCUCCAGGCGUCCCGGCAACGGCAAGGGAAAGCCAUGCCGACGGCUGCCGCGGGUUCGACGGGCCGGGCCGCGGUGCCCCUGCUGCAGUGCGCUCUGCUGGCGUUCGGCAGCACGUACGUGCUCGACGACUCCGAUGGGCUGGGCCGGGAGUUCGACGGCAUCGGCGCGGUUAGCGGCGGCGGGGCAACCUCCCGACUUCUAGUAAAUUACCCAGAGCCCUAUCGUUCUCAAGUAUUGGAUUAUCUCUUUAAGCCAAACUUUGGGGCUUCUUUGCAUAUUCUGAAAGUCGAAAUAGGUGGUGAUGGGCAGACAACAGAUGGCACUGAGCCCUCCCACAUGCACUAUACAUUAGAUGAGAAUUAUUUCCGUGGAUAUGAAUGGUGGUUAAUGAAGGAAGCUAAGAAGCGGAACCCUAAUAUUAUACUCAUGGCGCUGCCGUGGUCAUUCCCUGGAUGGCUGGGAAAAGGUUUCAACUGGCCUUACGUCAAUGUUCAGCUGACUGCCUACUAUGUCAUGACCUGGAUUAUGGGCGCCAAGCAUUAUCAUGAUUUGGACAUUGAUUAUAUUGGGAUUUGGAAUGAGAGGGCAUUUGACAUCAAUUAUAUCAAGGUGUUAAGAAGAAUGCUGAACUAUCAGGGUCUCCAGCAAGUGAAAAUUAUAGCGAGCGAUAAUCUCUGGGAGCCCAUUUCUACUUCCAUGCUGCUUGACUCUGAGCUCCUGAAGGUGGUUGAUGUUAUAGGAGCUCAUUAUCCUGGGACUUGUACAGUAACUGGUGCGACGUUGACUGGGAAGAAACUUUGGUCUUCUGAAGAUUUUAGCACUUUAAAUAAUGAUGUGGGUGCAGGCUGCUGGGGUCGCAUAUUGAAUCAGAAUUAUAUCAAUGGCUACAUGACUUCCACAAUUGCCUGGAAUUUGGUGGCUAGUUACUAUGAACAGUUGCCUUAUGGGCGAUGUGGAUUAAUGACUGCUCAGGAGCCAUGGAGUGGACACUAUGUAGUAGAAUCUCCUAUCUGGGUAUCAGCUCACACCACUCAGUUUACUCAACCAGGGUGGUAUUACCUGAAGACAGUUGGCCAUUUAGAGAAAGGAGGAAGCUACGUAGCUCUUACUGAUGGCUUAGGUAACCUCACCAUCAUCAUUGAAACUAUGAGCCAUAAACAUUCUGUAUGUAUACGGCCACCUCUUCCUUAUUUCAAUGUGUCUCACCAAUUUGCUACCUUCGUUCUUAAGGGUUCUUUUAGUGAAAUACCAGAGCUACAUGUGUGGUAUACCAAGCUUGGAAAACCAUCUCAGCGACAUCUUUUUAAACAAUUGGAUUCUCUAUGGCUCCUCAACAGCAGCGGCACCUUCACACUGGAGCUGCAGGAGGAUGAGCUGUUCACGCUCACCACCCUCACCACGGGCAGCAAAGGCAGGCACACGCUGCCCCCCAAAUCCCAGCCCUUUCCUCGUAGCUACAAGGAUGAUUUCAAUGUUGUUGACCCAUUUUUUAGUGAAGCCCCAAAUUUUGCUGAUCAGACUGGUGUAUUUGAGUACUUUGUGAAUACUGAAGACCCUGGAGAGCAUCGUUUCACGCUACGCCAGGUUCUCAAUCAACGACCCAUCACUUGGGCUGCUGAUGCACACAACACGAUCAGUAUUAUAGGAGAUUACACAUGGUCCAAUCUGAUGAUAAAGUGUGAUGUUUACAUAGAGAACCCUGAAAAGGGAGGUGUCUUCAUUGCUGGAAGAGUAGAUAAAGGUGGUGUCUUGAUUAGAAGUGCCUGGGGAGUUUUCUUCUGGAUUUUUGCAAAUGGAACCUACAGGGUUACAAGGGAUCUAGCUGGAUGGUUCAUAUAUGCUUCAGGACAUGUUGAUGUUACGGCCAAAAAGUGGUAUACACUCACACUCACUAUUAAGGACAAUCUCUCCUCUGGCAUGUUGCAUGACAAGUCUGUCUGGGAAAACAUCCCUGUGAAUCACCCGAGGAAUGGCUGGGCUGCGAUUGGAACUCACUCCUUUGAAUCUGCACAGUUUGACAACUUUCAUGUGGAAGCCACAAGCUGAUAUUCACAGAACACUCUAGAACACUCUUUGUUUUGGGCUUUCUUUCCUUUUGCUUUUGGUUCAGAGCCAGUUUUGUUUUGGUGGAUCAAUAUAUGAGCCUUUCCGAGGCUAAAAAUAAUGAAGAGUAAAUGGGGAGAUAAUAUAUUUUUACUUGAUCCUAUGGAAGAUUUUUUUUGGAACUAAUUCCAAGGGGAAGCAGGUGCAUCUUUAACAUAGCCCAGUGUGUCCCCUAAAAUCCAGACUGUACACUGGUCCCACCGUUAGGAGGCGUUUGGAUUGUUCAGACCUCAUAGCCUUAGUGUUUAUGCUGAGGUAGCUCUUGUCUAAUUUGCAAGUGAUCAUGCACAUGAAAGUAACUUGCUCAUCACAGAGAUGUAUUUAUUAAUUCUCUCCUUGUGUCUAAGUGAGCUGAUAUGCUUGUUUUACGAUAGUGCUGCCCUAAUGGAAGCUGAGGGACACUGGAAACACUGCUUUUUCGAAACCACUUCAACAUGUUAAUCUUACACUCUUUGAAGUACUUUUUCUUUUCUUUUUUAAGAUGAUGCUUUUAAAUUUUAAUAGAAUGAGUAGGAUGAUUUGGAAAAUGCCUCAUUAAUAAACUACCUCUAAAUCUAUUUCUGCAAUAAAUAUUAGCAGAUUAAUUAGGUUAUCUGCAAUUUUUAUUCUUUCAGAUCCAGCUUUUCAUCUUGUAACCCUUGUAACUCUCUGUGAACAUUUUCCCACAUUGCCAGAAGGAGAGAGAAAAUCCCAUAAAACUAAUGCCUUAAGUGGGUCUAAAGAUGAAAUUGUACCAAUUUUCUUGCAUCUCAUUUCAUUGUGCUUUUCGUGGUUUGUCUUCUCAGGUGUCACUGGUGACAGGCUAAAAUAGUUGAUGACUUCUUUUAUCUCCUUGUGGGUGAAAGAAGAACACAGCCUUUUGCUACUUAAUAGAAUUGGAUCUUCCUCUAAUAUUUUGUGUGGUUAGAUGCAUUCAUUUUGUUAAAGUACAAAUGUGUUUAUAUUUAAGUGAACAGAUUUCUCAUGCAGUAUAAUUUAUAUGUAAGCAUUAGUGGAUACAACUCAACUAUUCAACUGGAUAAAGUAAAUUCUGCAAUUCUUUAUAACAAAAGUUCAACAUUUCAUUGAACUAAUUCUUCAACUUUGGAAUUUCUAAUGGUUUAACAGGCUAAACUGACAUGUAGUUUUGUAUUACUAUUUAAGAUAAGAAACUACAUAUUAGAGUAAAUCAGAUUAUAGAGAAAAAUUUUAAAUUAUAACCAAGUCUAUGUGAUUUACAGUUCAGGUCUGUACAUAUUUUUUUAAUUAACUUAAUUGCAGUAUAAUUUACAUACAAUAAAAAUGUUCCCAAUUUAAGUCUACAGUUUAAUGAGUCUUGAUAAGUGGAUACACCCAUGUAGCCAUCACCCCAACCAAAAUAUUGAACAUUCCCAUCACCCCACACAAUUCCCUUGUACACCUAUGGACUCAUUACUCUCACCCCUUAUCUCAGGCAACCAUUGGUCUGAUUUUUAUCACUUUUGAUAAGUUUUCUUUGUUUCAAAACAUUGUAAAGUUGACAUCAAACACUGUAUAUUCUUUUGUGCAUGACUUUUUUCAUUUGGCAUAAUGCUUUUGUGAUUUGUCUACGUUGCUGUGUGUAUCAGUGGUUUGCUCCGUAAAUCUUAGACUCACCUUAUUUCUGCACUUCAAACAGCAUUCCGUUGUGUGGAUAUACCACAACUUACCUCUACUCCACCACCCCAUUUUUGGUGUUACAAAUAAAACUGUUACGACAACUGUG